AUGUCGAUGAUGGAGAAGAUCAGCGAGACGCUCCACAUUGGCGGGCACAAGAAGGAGGAGGAGCACAAGAAGGAGGACAAGGCCCACGCCGCCGGCGAGCACAAAGGCCACGACCAUCCGGCGGGGGUUCCUUGCUCCGGAUCCGGGGCGGUGCCUCCUCCAGCGGCCGCGGGGUACAAGAAGGACGAGGAGCACAAGGCCGGGGAGGAGAAGAAGCACGAAGGGUUCAUGGAGAAGAUCAAGAAGAAGAAGAAGGACCGCAAGGAGCGCAAGGAAGGCGAGGGCAAGGGCAGCAGCAGCAGCAGCAGCGAUUCGGACUAG